UUUUAACAAGCACUGUAACUAGUAGUAAUAAUACAAAUUAAAAUAUUUGUCUUCAUUCAGUUUGAAGACAAGAUACAUAAGUAAUUCUUUAAUAUUCCUGACUGAUGUGUCUAUUUUAUUGAAGACGUAAACCAUAUAUGAUUUAUGAGUGGGUUGUCCACCUAACAUGUACACACGGACUUGAUUACAUGUGCCUUUGUGAUCUGAGUAAGGCGGUAAAAUUUAUCUGGACAUUUUGAUGUGCAUUGAUUUCAUACUAACUUAUAUAAUUUAGUGUUUGCCUUGAAGCAGAUUAUUUAAUUACUUGUAAGAAAAACUUAUAUAAAAGACUUAUACGGUUGAUACAAAUACAUUUACCCAUGGUAUUAUGAUGCAGCAGACAACACUUGAGUGUUUUUCUAUGUAUAUUGUGUGUUUGCUCUCUGUAGGACAUAUACAUUCACAGUAUGUGUUCAAGACACAGUAUUUUGAGGCAAAGUUAGAUCAUUUCAACUUUCUAACUAACGCAACAUUCAAACUCCGAUACCUUGUCAACGACAGUUACUGGUCUCCUGAUAGAAAUGCUCCAAUAUUCUUUUACACUGGCAAUGAAGGUGACAUCACGUUGUUUGCACAGAAUACUGGUUUCAUAUGGGAGAUUGCACCUGAAUUUAACGCUCUUGUUGUAUUCGCUGAACAUCGCUUCUAUGGAGAAUCAAUGCCAUUUGGGAAUAAGUCAUAUGAUAAAGGGAAUGUUGGAUAUUUAUCAUCCUCCCAAGCUAUGAUGGACUAUGUAGACCUGAUCGCGGAACUCAGGCAUAACCACAAUAAGCAGUUCCCAGUGGUGUUGUUCGGGGGCUCGUAUGGUGGCAUGUUGGCAGCCUGGAUGCGCAUGAAGUACCCAGCAAGUGUGACAGGGGCGAUUGCAUCGUCUGCACCGAUAUGGCAGUUCCCAGGAAUGACACAUUGUAACAACUUCUAUCGUAUCUUAACCUCUGCUUUCUCACGAGUCUCACACAAUUGCAGUGACAACAUUCGCAAGUCUUGGAAAACCAUUGAGGACAUUACGAAAACGGAUGAAGGCAAAUCAUGGUUGUCUUCCACAUGGAAUUUAUGUGAACCGUUACAAAGUUCAAAAAACAUCUCAGCAUUAAGGAGUUACUUGAACUAUAUUUACGCCAACCUGGGUAUGGGUAACUACCCUUACCCUACUGACUUUGUGGCACCACUCCCUGGCCACCCUGUUCGGGCUGUUUGUAAACAUUUACUGAAAAAAGAUUUAGAAGGCGAGAAACUUCUAUCUGCCUUGUUCCAAGGUGUUAGUGUUUACUUCAAUUAUACAGGAAAAGCGACUUGCCUUGACUAUUCCAGUGCUUUUCAACGUACAUUGAGUCAAAGUGGUUGGAUUUAUCAGGCUUGUACAGAAAUGGUAAUGCCAUUAUGUGCAGAUGGUAAACAUGACAUGUAUGAAGCUAAUAAAUGGAACUUUACUGAAUAUGCAGAUGUCUGUUAUAAGGCAUACAGAGUGAAACCUGAUCCUUUUCACGUUAUAAAUCUGUAUGGUGGUAAACAUAUUAGCACAGCAUCCAACAUCAUUUUCAGCAAUGGCGAGUUAGACCCAUGGUCUUGUUGCGGGGUACUACACAACGUGUCAGACACUGCCCAAGCUAUAGUGUUAGCUGACGCUGCUCACCACCUGGACCUGAGAGCUUCCAACCCGGCCGAUCCUGAGUCUGUUGUGGAGGCCCGCAAAUACUACCGGACUGUCAUACAGCAGUGGAUUUCUCAGUGAACUAAUACAAAUUUUGUAAAAUAAAAUCAAGAAAUAAUAAAUUUUUUACUUAAAA